AUGAUGGUCCGACCAGCAAUGAUCGAUGCAGAUGCUGCUGAACUUGCAAAAUUCUCUCGUGAAAUACGUGGAAUUUUUCCACCUGCAGUACGUGGUUUAGUCAAAGCCAGUUGUCAAAUCGUAGCUGAAUGCUGCCCGACAAUUCGAUCGCACAUGUUAUCAAUGGUUUUAUCUGCCGACAGAGAUGGAUUAGUGGAAAAAUGUUUUGGUAAGAAAGAUUCACCUAAUUAUCGUGCCAACCUUGCAGCUUGUCCACCGGUCGCAUCAAUGAUGCGAGUAUCUCAAGAACCAGAUGUCAUGAAAUUUUUAAGCAUCGAUAAAUCCAAAUUAUUCUUUGGCAGAACAUUGGGACAAUCCAUCAGCGAAGUUUGUUCAGCAGAUGAUGUUAUGUCAAUUGUAUGUGAUUCGGACAAGCAUAACAAAUUACCUACAUGUCAACGAAUAGUAUUGGAAAAUUUAGCUAAAAUGAACCCUGAUAGAGUCUACAUGGAAAAGAUCGCUUAUAUGAAGAUGAAAGGCAAAGAAUAUGGCGCUGUUAUCCAACAUACAUUUAGUUAA